AUGAUAGUGUAGAACUUGCAACUAUUAGCGGGAGUUCUGCGUUGUAUAGCUUAGAAAAUCUAAUAGUAUGCGAAAAAUUGUUAGUAAUUGUAUUUAGCAUAGUUGCAACAACAUUGCAAGCUGGCAAGAAUCAACAACCUCUUUCAGUAAUUGCGGAUGAUGGAUUUAUUGAAUUAAUGAAGGAAGCAAUUCCUAAUUAUAAACUUCCAUCUAAAAAAGCUAUAAAAAUUUUGUUGUUAUAA